AUGCCUUCAUCGAUCCGGAAUUCAAAGCGUGUGGCGGAAAAAAGCCUCAAGAAGGACGACAUCACCGAAGGAAUUACUGAGUUCUACCAGGAUUACAAGACUGAAUACGCUAUCACAUGGCAGAGGCUGUUUCCCACUGGCUCCACUAGCUGCAAUUCCCCUUUCCUUUCACAUGAGUUGGACCUCAAUUUAAGGCCAAACUGUACGAUGGUCAGAGUUGAAAACAGAGUUGAAUACUUAUAUCCAGCUCCUUUUGAAGUCAAUAACAAAAUUACCAUUGACUUCAAUGGCAGCAACUUCAUUAGAGUUUGUAGCCUGCCCUCCUCCCCUGCCUCCCGCCUGGCCUUCAAAGCCGCCCCGGAUGGCACCUGCUCACCAGCCGCGCAGGCAGGGGCAGGGGUAGAGGCGGGGGCCAGCGCCGGGACCACCCCUACAGGGACCAAGACCAAGAGCCACUCCCUGGAUUCCCUGCAAAAGAGGAGAGACGGUUUCUCAGCCAAAACUUCCUCCGAUUCAGGGGCAUCCUCCUCCUACAGCGGGGAGAGCCCUCGGGACAAAUGGGCCAAAAGCAUCCCCAGGACUAGGACGGUGGCUGCCAUGAACUCCCUCGUGGGCCGGAGCUUCAGCCUGGGGGAUCUGAGCCACUCCCCGCAGACCACCAAGAAGGUGGAGAAGAUCAUCAAGGAGGUGAAGAGGAAGAAGGGUCUCAAGGAGGUGUCAGAGAGGGACAGGAAGAUUGCGGCCCUGAUGAUUGCCAGGCACCAGGAAGCCAGUCUCCUGAACGAGCAGAGGUACACGGCACAUCUCCAGUGGGACAGCCAGCGGCAGUGGGCGGAGCAGCGCAAGGAGGAGGAAGAGAAGGAGAAGCAGAGGGCACUGCUGCAGUGCCACAAGAUGUGGGAGUCCCGGGUGGAGAAGCGCCGGGGGAAGCUGAAUCAAGAGCAGCAGGAGGCAACCCUACUGAAGCAGAAGCAGUGCCUGAUAUACGAAGAGAGGUGGAAAGAGCAGGCGGAGAAGCAGGAGAAGAUGAAGAAGGAGAAGCUGGAGAGGGCCAGCCGAGAAGACAAGCAGAAGAAGCUCCAUCAGGAGCACAACCUCAAGUCUAAGGAGGAGGACAAGAAAGAGCACCUGGAGCGUGAGGAACAGCUCCUGCAGGAGAAGCUGUCCAGUGCUGCACAAAAGAAGCUGAGGAAGGAGCUGCAGCUGCAGAAGGAGAAGAAGCUGCUCCACCAAGCAGAGAAGCUGAAGCAUGACGCCUUGCUCAAGGAGUUGUCCUGGCAUGAGGCAGAGGAAAAGGAGAUGCUAAAGGCCUCCCUGGAGAUGAACCUGAACAAAGCCCAGGAGAACUAUGAGCAGCUGGUAGAGAAGAGGAACCAGGACAUGAAGGAGAAGGCCAAGCGAGGGGAGAUGCAGUUCCAGAGAGCCAAAUUAUCAGCAGAGAGGAAAGAAAAGGAGCAGAAAGAGCACUUAGAGGCCCUGGCCAGAGCCACAGAGAGGAAGCUCCAGCAUGCUGCCCAGGUGGCUGAGGAGGUAGUCCAGCAGAAAGCCCGCAAGGUAGUCCGGAGCCGACUGGAGAAGGAAAAGGUGCAGAAGAUGAACAAGCAGAAAGUGGAGCAGUGCGAGGACUUGCGGCGCAGGGAGAUCCUCCUUUCCAUUGAGAAGAAGCUGGAAAGGAGUGAACAGUUCUUCAGGGAUAAAAAAACUGUCCUGGAAAAUGCCAGGUCUAUUGCCCGGGCAUCCUUCCACGUCCGGGAAAAGGUACGGGAGGAGACGAACACACGUACCUUUGACAAGAUGGCCUUUGAGGCAGAGUUGCAUGCCAGCCUGGAUAAAAAAUGA